UUAUCAUUUACAAGAAUUACAAUUCACAUAAGGCAGAGAAAAUAAAAAUAAAAUAAAAAAAGAGAGAGAGAGAAUGGCAGAGGGAGUUCUUUAUGACUUAGCUGGAAAAGCCUUGAGUUACUUGGCUGAACCAGCCUUUAAAGAGGCUGUUUCCUGGUGGGGUGCACGAGAUGAUCUGAAGAAGCUUGAGAAAACCAUUAAGAUGAUCCAAGCUCGAGUUCGAGAUGCUGAGAGGCACCAGGAAGAGCAUGGAAACGAUACCAUCAAAGAGUGGCUUCGAAGGCUGAGGAUGGUGCUUUACCAAGCUGAUGACUUGUUUGAUGAAGUCCUCACUGUUGACCGCCAGAAACAGCUGAUGGAGGUUAACAAGCGCAAGCAGGUUUGUCUUACUUUCUCGAGGUCUGGCACUCUUUAUUUUAACUGGAAAAUAUCUCGUGAAAUCAAGUCUAUUCGACAACAACUAGAUGAAAUUAGUUCAGACAUUGCUGGCUUAGGAUUGAAUCCCUAUCCUGAUCAUAGAGAUGAACCACUAUCCAUAGGGGACCGAAUCCUUAGGAAUAGGGAUACAGCCUCUUUUGUGAAAACUGAAGAUGUCAUUGGUAGGGAAACUGAUAAAAACAUUAUUAUUGGGAUGCUUUUUGAUCCUAAUAAUGAUGGGAAAAGGAUUACUGUAAUUCCAAUUGUGGGGCUUGGGGGUCUUGGGAAAACCACUCUUGCUCAGCUAGUUUAUAAUGAUGAGGGGGUUCGUAAACAUUUUAAUUUUACUGCAUGGGUCUGUGUACCUGAGGUAAAUAACCAGAACCGAGUAUUAGAAAAAGUUUACCGGUCCUUGAGUAAUUGUAAGGAUAGUAGUCAACUCUCAGUGGAUCAAAUUAAGUCAAGCAUACUAGAAUCAAUUAAAGAUAAGAAGUAUCUGCUUGUCUUAGAUGACAUAUGGGAUGAGAGUCGGGAUCAUUGGUUUGAUCUUUUUAGUUUGCUUGGCUGUGGUUCAAGUGGGAGUAGAGUUAUUGUAACAACACGCUCUGCUAAAGUUGCAAAAGCUGUUGGGACAACAGAACCCCACAAUCUAGGACUUCUAACAGAAGUGGAGUCUUGGAAUCUUUUUAAAAAAAUUGCGUUUGUAUCAGAGAAAGAGGAGAGAAAUCCUAAUUUGGUUCAGAUUGGGAAGGAGAUCGUAAAUAGUUGUGGAAAUGUUCCCCUUGCUAUAAGGGUUGUUGGAAGUUUUCUCUACUCUGAAAAUAAUGAGAAACAUUGGCAACGAAUUAGAAAGACUCAUCAACUCUCUAAGGAAAAGGGGAAGGGAGGUGAUAGCGUCAUGGAAGAGUUGAAGUUAAGCUAUGAUUACUUGCCACCAGAAUUGAAGCAAUGCUUUGCUUAUUGUUCAUUGUUCCCAAAGGACCAUGAAUAUAGUAAGAAUCAUUUGGUUAAAAUGUGGAUGGCACUAGGAUAUAUUGAUCCAUCAAGUACAGACACCGGAGAAGAAUACUUUAUGGAAAUGAUAGGGAGGAAUUUAUUUCAAGAUCACCGAGAAGAUGAAAGUGAGGGUGACGAAUACUGCAAAAUGCACGAUUUAGUGCAUGACUUGGCUCAAAUUAUUGCUGGUGAAGAGAUGAAACAAUUGGUCGAGCCUUUAGAUCAAAUAUCUUCUGCUGAUGGACUUGUGCAUGUGAGUAUUGAAUUGAGAAACAUAGAGGAUGGUGAAUUAUGGGAAGCUCCCCAGCCAUUGCUUGCUGCUACGAAGAUGCGGUCACUGAUAGUAUCUAGAGAUUAUUAUAAUGCUCAACCAUCAUCUCUUGAAAUGGUGAUUUUGAAAUUUCAAUCUUUGCGUGUCUUAGACUUGAAGCGUAUGAAUAUUUCCGUUGUCCCAAAUUCUAUAGGGAAGUUGAAACAUCUAAGGUACCUUAAUCUUGCAAGAAAUUUUGAUAUUGAAUGUCUUCCUAACGACAUAACAAGAUUACAGAACUUGCAAACACUUAACCUUGUGGGUGCCUAAAUCUUAGAGGGUUGCCUAGAGAUUU